AUGGCUCUCAAGAGAAUUAACAAGGAACUCACUGAUCUCGGCCGUGAUCCUCCCUCUUCCUGCUCUGCCGGUCCUGCCGGAGAAGAUCUGUUUCACUGGCAAGCAACAAUUAUGGGUCCCGGUGACUCCCCAUACUCAGGCGGCGUGUUCUUCCUGACGAUUCACUUCCCUACCGACUACCCAUUCAAGCCUCCAAAGGUCAACUUCAACACUCGGAUCUACCACCCCAACAUCAACUCGAACGGCAGCAUCUGUCUGGACAUUCUCCGUGACCAAUGGAGCCCUGCCCUGACAAUCUCUAAAGUGCUACUCUCGAUCUGCUCCAUGCUCACAGACCCCAACCCGGAUGACCCCUUGGUGCCUGAGAUUGCGCACGUGUACAAGACCGACCGCCCCCGAUACGAAGCAACUGCACGUGAAUGGACUCGCAAAUACGCCAUCUGA